AGCAGCCUUUGCAGAUGGAGAAGGGCUGGUUCAUCGAUUGCCACUGCCACCUCACAGCCGAGGAGUUCAGGCAGGACAUAAAUGAUGUGAUUGAAAAAUCAAGAAAGGCUGGAGUUCAAGCCUUUGUUUCUGUUACAGAGCAGCAAAGUGAAUUUGAGGAGGUUCUUGAUCUAGCAGAAAGGUAUCCAGAGUCUGUCAUGGCAUGUUUUGGGAUUCAUCCGAUUCAGGGCAGUGCAGAUGGACAUCGCAGUGUUACUGUUCAGGACUUGGAACCUGCCCUUCCAUUCUUUGAGAAGCACAAAGAUAAGCUGGUGGCUAUUGGAGAGAUCGGUCUAGACUUCACUCCAUGGUUUGUGUCCACAUCCCAGCAACGUGAGGAGCAGCAAAAGGUCUUUGCGUUACAGCUGGAUAUAGCUAAACAACUAGACCUGCCAGUAAACGUUCAUUCUCGUUCGGCUGGGAGACAAACUAUUGCUUUUCUUAAGGAGCAAGGUAUUCGGAAUGCACUGCUUCAUAACUUUGCUGGCAGGCCCUCUGUUGCCCUGGAAGGAGUACAAGCUGGGUUUUGUUUUUCUUUUCCUCCAGCUGUCACAAGGACUGAUCAGCGAGCAAAGUUAAUAAGACAGAUUCCACUAGAGAACAUUUGCUUGGAGACCGACUCACCCUCUCUUGGCCCAAAGAAAGAGGUACAAAAUGAACCAGAGCAGAUCAGGAUUUCUUGUCAGUACAUUGCUGCAGUGAAAGGAGUAUCCGUAGAAACAGUCUGUGAAGUAACAACAUGUAAUGCCCUGAAGCUGUUCCCCAAAGUUCACCAGCGGUUGAAACAAUGA